UCCUUCGACCACUUGUUGCCCGACUGCUCUCCACGGUGAUCCCUGGAGUCCGGCCGGGACGGUCCAAAACUGCAAGGGCCCGCGACUAGGCCCCUGGGCCUCCGCCGGAUCAAAAAUCCCGUCAAAUCACAGCCGUCCAGCGCGCCCUGCCGCUUUCCUCCCUUACCACGGCGGCGGCGGCGGCGGCGGGAGGCGAGUGGAGACGAAACCCCGCCCGUUUCUUCCUCGCAACUCGCAGCCGUCGCUGAACCUGUACUCCACUCCGCUCCGAUCCCACCUCCGAGGCGCGGCUUGCAGUGUGAUCUCACUUUGCGUGCGCUUGAGAGGGGUCCGUCGUCGUCUCGUCGGCUGCGGUGCGAUAGGCCGGAGGGAAUGGCGGCGGGAGGUAGCGCGGAGGGCGAGGAGCUCUUCCUCCUCCGCUCGGCCGAGGAAGGGGAAGGGGAAGGGGACGGGUUGUGCGUGGGGGAGCGCCCCUGGCGGCUCAACUUCGACGGCUUCCGGCGCCAGGGGCCGCAGCAGGAGAAUCCGCCGUCCCGCGGCCUCCAGGACUGCCUCGGCGUGCUAGCUCAAGGACCUGGAGAUGUUGUGGCUGAAUACUACCAACAACAGUUGGAGAUGUUGGAAGGUUUCAAUGAAAUGGAUACUCUGACAGACCGUGGUUGCCUUCCUGGAUUAUCCAAGGAAGAACGUGAGAAAAUUGCCCGGAGUGAGACAUUAGCCAUCCGAUUAUCUAACAUAGCAAACAUGGUUCUUUUUGCUGCAAAAGUUUAUGCCUCAAUAAGGAGUGGCUCCCUAGCUAUUAUUGCUUCAACACUGGACUCUCUACUUGACUUGUUGUCCGGGUUUAUUUUGUGGUUUACUGCCUUUUCAAUGCAAACACCAAACCCAUACAGGUACCCAAUUGGUAAAAGGCGCAUGCAACCUUUGGGAAUACUUGUUUUUGCAUCUGUUAUGGCAACACUCGGUCUUCAAAUUAUUCUAGAAUCCACACGCUCAUUGUUGUCAUCUAAUGGAGCUGAAUUCCGCUUGACAAAAGAACAGGAAAUGUGGGUUGUGAAUAUUAUGCUGGCAGUGACGCUGGUGAAGCUUCUGCUGGUUAUAUAUUGCCGCUCAUUCACCAAUGAAAUUGUGAAGGCAUAUGCACAGGAUCACUUUUUUGAUGUCAUCACCAACAUUAUUGGGCUUGUGGCUGCACUUCUUGCUAAUUAUUUUGAAGGCUGGAUUGACCCAGUUGGUGCCAUCAUUCUAGCGAUCUACACAAUCAGGACAUGGUCCAUGACGGUGCUGGAGAACGUGCACUCCCUGGUCGGCCAAUCGGCCUCACCGGAGUUCCUCCAGAAGCUCACCUACCUGUGCUGGAACCAUCACAAGGCCGUGAGGCACAUCGACACGGUGCGGGCGUACACGUUCGGCUCUCACUACUUCGUCGAGGUCGACAUCGUCCUGCCGUGCGACAUGCCCCUGCAGGAGGCGCACGACAUCGGCGAGGCCCUGCAGGAGAAGCUGGAGAGCCUGCCCGAGAUCGAGCGCGCCUUCGUCCACCUCGACUACGAGUUCACCCACCAGCCCGAGCACGCCCGGUCCUACGACACAUAACAUAGCCUGAACCCAGCGGCGGCGCCGUUCGUGGAACUUCAGAGACAGAGAGUCUGAGCUGAAACUGUUGAAGUCGGCACAGUUUCAGAAAUCUGGGUGUCAAACCUGUCCACUCGCAGAUUCAGUUGUGCAGUUUGAUUUUUGUUACUGUUUUGAUCUGAUCUCGCUGGAAGGGAAGCAUAUGGUCUCCUUGUCA